AUGGCUCUCCUGGCAUUUGGACUGGCCUGCGUCGCCCACCUCGCGCCCCACCGCACUGCCCGGCCCUCAGUAGCAGUGGGGCAUGGUAGUCGCUGCUCUGCCGCCGCGACGGCUGCUGGCGCGCCCGACGGCGGCGGAGGCUUCCGGGCCCUGCUCCCGUCGCUCCCAGCUGCCGCCGCCGAGUCGCUCUCGGCGCGCGGGAUCGACACGCCGACGCCCAUCCAGGCGGCGGCUCUCGCCCGCGUCGACGCGGGCGAGUCGCUGCUGCUGCACGCCGAGACGGGCUCGGGGAAAUCGCUCGCGUUUCUGCUGCCGGCGCUGCGCCACAUCUCGCCGCGCUCGAAGCUGCUGCUCAUCGCGCCGACGCGCGAGCUCGCGGUCCAGCUGGCCGCCGAGGCGUCUCCGCUGCUCCCCGCCGGCGAGACGGUCGCCAUCCUCUCGGUUGGCUCUGCGCCCGCGCCGCGCGAGGUGAUGGCCGCGUCGCUCGCCGCGUCCGGCGCCGUCGCCUCGUCCCUCGAUCAAGCGCUCUGCGACCUCCGCCUGGUCGUGCUCGACGAGAUCGACUGCCUCCUCCCUGAGAAGCGGAAGGCCAAGCUGGCACGCGCGGCGGCAGAGGCGGCCGCGCUGCGCGAGGCGCGCACGCACCCUCUGCUCAGGGCGCUGCAGUGCGCGCUGCGCGAGCAGCGGCCGGCGUCGGCGCUCGUGUUCUUGUGCCGCUCCUCCGGCCUCACGCGGCAACGGGAGCUCGCGGCCUCCUUCCGCACUUCGGCCGGGCUCCAUGCCGUCGACGAGCCGGCGGCGGAUGCGGGCCAGCCGGCGGAGGCGCCUCUGGUGGUCACAUUCGAGGACAUGGCGCGCGGCCUCCACUUCGACGGCGUCGAGACCGUCUACAUCCUCGGCUUGCCGGACUCGCCCGCCACGUACCUGCACCUCGCGGGGCGCACCGGCAGGCAGCCUGUCUUGAGCGGCACCGUCGUGACUCUCUGCCCGGGUAACUCGCACCAGCAGCUCACGUCGUGGGCCCAGCGCCUCGGCGGCGUCGAGUUCGAGCGCAUCGAGCUCGACGGGUUGGAGGAGGCGCUUAGUGCAUCCGCCUGA